AUGUUAGACGGUCAACACGCGAGCACGAGUAUGAGCGCCAACAUGAACGUGGAGGCUCCAGUAAGACCAGCGUCUGUCUCCGUACAAUCCGGGUCAUCUUCAGCUGCAGCCAGCGUCAGCCCCCGCGGUGGUAGUCGCAGCGCCAGCGUCAGCGAAAUCGGUCUCUCGUCCUCGUCACUGUCCUCGCUCUACGCUGCAUACGAAAACACCAUCCCACCUAGAACCAUUGAAUGCCUCGUCGAGGUCUUUCACCAUACCAUUUACCCCAUUCGUCCCUACUUGCACUGGCCGACCUUCAGCGCCCAAAUCACCUCCCAGCUCUACCGCACUGACUGGGGCGUCUUCGUCGUGACCAUGGCCGUCUGCGCCCUCACAGCUGGCCGCCUCUACGAGGGAAUCCCGGCGACAACCCCCGCGCAGGGCCUAGAGCUGGCCCUACUCCGCCCGGAUUCUGCAGCCCUCUCAGCUACAUGCUACCGCGCCGCCGUCGCCGCCAUGCCGCGCUCCCCUCUGCAGAUAUCCGACUACAUCGCCGCAAUGAAGGCGCACGCCCUGUUGGCCUCGGCGUGCCUGCAAAACGGCGAUCUCAAAAGCCCCGUCACACACCUAGGCGACUACGCCUCGCUCUCAAUCCUGAAUGGCUUCUACGCCGAGAACAAGUGGCCCAACGGGCUGACUGAAGUUGAACGGCAGGAGCGACGGCGACUGUUUUGGUGCGUCUACCAGCAGGAGCAAUACAUGGUCAGCAACUUUGGCCUGCCCGCGCGUCAUCCACAGCCGGACAGCCACUCCGUGCUCUACCCGGCCGAAGUCAUCGACGAUGCAGACAUCACCGCGACAGGUGUGCGCCUCCCUCUAACCACGAACACGCCGGUCUCCUUCAUCCGCGGGUGUAAUUUCUGCAGCGAUCUGUAUCAGCUCCUCGCGAAUAAUCGGAGCACGUGGCACAAGGACACGAUUAACCCUGAGCGCAAGGAAGAUUUCCGCGGCAGCGAAAUACAGCGCUUCAUCGCUGGGGCGCAUACUCAAUCCCCUAAGCUCUCCGCUUCGGACAGCUUGCAUCUAAUCUCUAAGGCACAGCAAGAGCUUCCAGAAUGCCUGCGGGCUGUCAAGGCACUUACGAGUGAGCUGGGAACGGACCGGUACAGCUUCGUUGCAGCAAACAUCAUCUUCACGACACAAAACGCCAAGAUGCUCAUCGUUCAGGCCGACACCCCGACCAUUACCAUCAACCGCUGCUGCGACAUCGCCUCCGACCUCCUCGACGAACUGAGCAGCAUGCCCCUGACCUUUUUCAACGCCAUCAGUACCAGCUCUCUCCACCACCUCUCCCACAUCGGCCACCUGCUGGGAACCACCAUUACCCACCGUCCCCUUUCCGCCUGGCGCUACAUCCAAGUCCGUAAUAUAUUACUCGUGCUAGCCGACCUGCUCGAGAAGAUCGAGUCGAGCCGCUCUGCCUCCGUCUCCAUCUCCCCAACUCCGUUUGUCUCGGGCACUGCCGCAGCCGGCAGCAACAGCAGCUUAACAGCCACACUACGCGCUCAGAUCCGUGAAAUGGACGGGUACAUGGCGCGCGCCCUGCAGGCGGGUAGCACAGAGCGAACGAACGCAGGUGCUGGCGGUGCCGGUACUGGACUGCUGGUGAUGGGGCAGACGCUGCUACUGCCCUGGGGGGUUCCGGCUCCUGUUCCUGUUCGUGCUAGUGUGGGUGAAAGAGUAAGUAAUAUGGACCUGUGGACGCGACAGGUCUUAAAUAAUCAACUUCCUGGACAGGAUUUGCCGACCCGGUCUGCAUCUGAAGGGCAAGAGUUAAACCAGGCUGCCGGCACCAUCAACUUGCCACGCGCGGGCUCGAGCUCGCCCGCCAACGCCAAUACAAAUCCCGAAGCCCAGACUCAAGCUCUCGGCUUAGACCAGCUCCUCGCCCUCGUCGCCCAAGAACCGACUCAGCCUCUCGACCGGUCUGAUUCGAAUGUGAAUUCUUUUUCCUACUUGCUCCAAACGGGAAGUUCUGAGAGUGCCGAAUUUGAGGUCGGCGCGCUGGAUGGGUCUGCGCCGUUAUUGCCGGAGUUCUCUGUGGAGGGCUGGACUGGGCUGGGAUUGUUGAAGUAG